AGUCCUCCCCUCCCAGGUCCUAACCUGGCGGAGGCCUUCUUCGAAAGUUCUGCUCGGCUUUCUCUCCGUGACUCGCCCUCAGCCUGAGGGGACAUCGGGCGGGGGCUGGCCGGAAGCGGGCUGAGGCGGGCGAGCGAGCGGGAGACUAGGGGUCGGAGAGGGGGCACCGAGCGGGCCUUGAGCGUCAGGACCGAAGUGAGGGCAGCACAAACAACUCAGCAACAAUGUCUUCAGAGGUGGAGACCUCGGAGGGCGUCGAUGAGUCAGAGAACUCCUCUACGGCACCAGAAAAGGAAAACCAUACCAAAAUGGCAGACCUUUCUGAGCUCCUGAAGGAAGGGACCAAGGAAGCACAUGACCGGGCAGAAAAUACCCAGUUUGUCAAAGACUUCUUGAAAGGAAACAUUAAGAAGGAGCUAUUUAAGCUGGCCACCACUGCACUUUACUUCACAUACUCAGCCCUUGAGGAGGAAAUGGAUCGCAACAAGGACCACCCAGCCUUCGCCCCCUUAUAUUUCCCCACGGAACUACACCGGAAGGAAGCACUGAUCAAGGACAUGGAGUAUUUCUUUGGUGAAAACUGGGAGGAGCAGGUGAAGUGCUCCGAGGCUGCCCAGAAGUAUGUGGAUCGGAUUCACUAUGUAGGACAGAACGAGCCGGAGCUGCUGGUGGCCCAUGCUUACACUCGUUACAUGGGGGACCUUUCGGGAGGCCAGGUGCUGAAGAAGGUGGCUCAGCGGGCACUAAAGCUCCCCAGCACUGGGGAAGGGACCCGGUUCUACCUGUUCGAGCAUGUGGACAAUGCCCAGCAAUUCAAGCAGUUCUACCGUGCCAGGAUGAAUGCCUUGGACCUGAGUAUGAAGACCAAAGAGAGGAUUGUGGAGGAGGCCAACAAAGCCUUUGAAUAUAAUAUGCAGAUAUUCAGUGAACUGGACCAGGCUGGCUCCAUGCUAACAAAAGAAACCCUGGAGGAUGGGCUCCCAGUACAUGAUGGGAAAGGAGAUGUACGUAAAUGCCCCUUUUAUGCUGCUCAGCCAGACAAAGGUACCCUGGGAGGCAGCAACUGCCCCUUCCGGACAGCCAUGGCUGUGCUGAGGAAGCCUAGCCUGCAGCUCAUUCUGGCUGCCAGUGUGGCCUUGGUAGCUGGACUCUUGGCCUGGUACUACAUGUGAAGGACCUGUCAUGUUGUUUGCAUCCUGUCCCAAGUGACCUCUUCCAUCCCCAUCUCCACCUCUGCCCAAAACUACCACCUCAGGUGACUUUUUUAAUGCUGGGUUUGAGAAAACAAGCAACCAAUAAAAGCCAGACACUAGCACCUCUGCCUGCCAGCAUCUUCUCUGCCAACCAGGUGCACACCAGGCAACGGCUGUCGCUCUGUUAACAGCCAGUGCCCUACUGCAGUUCAGUCAUGGACUUCUCAUCUGGCAGUGCUCCAGGACGUUUGCCAUUUGGGAGGCCUGGGUACACUGUUUUCUUAGCAGUACUUGGAAUAGUCAUUGCCACGCUGGGAGUGAGCUGCCCACACACCCAGGUUUUGUGGAAAAGGGUCAUGCCAGCUGAUGGGUCAGUUUUCCAGGCCUUUUGGAGUAGAAGCUGUGUAUUCCUGCCUCAAAGCCUACAGAGCUUAUCCUGCAUAACCAGGAUCUCCCCAAGAAGUCUUGUUAGCCUGGUCUGUCUCCACUGACAGUACACCUGCCACAGCACUCUAAAAACAAACUCCACACACUCCCCUCCUUCCUGGGACAGUACAGAGUCCUCAGAAACAGUGGCAUGUUGCAUACCAAUGGACAUCCUCUUUGAUGACACUCCUUGCCCACUUCCUAGCACCUUCUAUUUCCUUGUAUUCAUGCUAAACACCAUAAAAGAUCCUUAACAUCUG